AUGGAUGACUAUUAUAAUAAUUAUUAUUUGAUUAAUUGCGAUUUGAAUUUCACCGUAUUCUCCACGUGGCAAUUUCUGGCCACCGCCGUUCAUAUUCUUUCCGUAUUUCUCGUAUGUGUGAAUUUGUUCGGCGCCUAUUGCAUUCUGUUCAAAACGCCACCGAAAAUGGAGCGCGUCAAAUGGGUGAUGUUCAACGUCCAUUUUUGGAGCACAUCAGUCGACAUAAUGCUCAAUUCGAUCAUCACUCCCUACUUCUUUUUUCCCGGCAUUUGCGGUUUUCCUGUCGGCGUUUUCGCCCAUUUCGGCGUCAACACCGGCCUACAGAUAUUCCUCGGCCAAUCGUUCGUCGGCAUUCUCGCCGUCGCAAUUCUAAUGAUGUUCGAGAAUCGCCAUCGGACGCUCGUCACCGGCAAAUGGAGUCUCGAGAAUCGCACGAUUCGAAUCGUCUACUAUGCGAUCAACUACACCUAUGGUGUCAUGUUUGUGUUUCCCGUCUUCAUGGAUAUUCCCGAACAGGAGCCCGCAUUGUUGUACGUCUUAAACAAUAUCGUCAAUUGCCCAACGCCGGAAUUUUUUCUCGGCACCGUUUACGUGCUCACCACCGACAACACCCAACUGAUGGCGAUGAUCAUCAUUUUUCUAUUCGCCAUCGUUUUUCAAUGCGCAUUUUUCAUCAUUCACUCGCUAUACUUUUUGCUGACUCGAGCAAAUUCAAUGUCAAAAAGGACACUUCAACUACAAAAACGCUUUAUCAUGAGCGUCUGUAUACAGGUCGCGAAUCCCGUAUUCGUUCUAGUCGUGCCGGUUGUAAUGUUCAUGUAUGUCAUUAGUGCCGGCUAUUAUAAUCAAGCUCUCAACAAUAUCACCGUGAUUCUCAUCAGUCUUCACGGCAUCACCGCCACAAUCUCACUAGUGCUUCUAAACGAGCCGUAUCGAGCAUUUCUAUUAUCGAUUCUCAACAAGAACAGACACAAACUGAGCUCGAAAUUAGCAAAAUCCUCACAAGUGUUCCAAUUGCGCUCGAGUAUGAGCUUCAACGAGCGAUCCGUUCUCUAUUGA